UUGAGGACUACACUGAGAGCAACAUCAGUCACUGGAGGAAACUUGGAUUUCAAAGUCAACAUGGCAGCUGUACGUACCCUGGGGAAAGCUGGAUUACUGGCUCUUGUUAUAAUCACAACUCUGAGUCUUCAAGAAGCAGAGGCCCAGAUUACUAAUAACAAUAAUUCUACUACUACAGGAGGUACACCCAGGUGGGCUGUUGCUGUCAUUGUAAUGUUGGCCAUAAUCUUGGCCUUGUAUUUACUCAGCUGCUGCUUGGUGCCUAUAGUUAUGUGUCUAUGCAAGAAAAGUGGUGACAGUUGCCAGAGUGGAUGCUCCUAUGGAAAGUAA